GGCAGGCGGAGAGUAAGAAAGACAGAGAGAGACGAGGCGAGUCGGCGCGACCGGAAGAGAGAUGGUAGACGCGCGGCGCCUGCGUGCCUGAUUCUUGAGAGCGAGCCCUCAACCGAAAUCCAGGAUCCCAGUCGCGAGCGCGCCGCCGGUACAAGCCAUUCGCAGGAGGCGAGCACGACGGUCGCCGACCUGGACCACCCGGCGGCGAGGGGCGCACUCCACCCACUCUCUCUCUCUCUUUCUCGUGAGCCGCGACACGUUACUCGGCGAACCAACAAGUCAGCAUCCACGAGGUCCGACCGACACCGGCCGGUGUUCGGUUGUUCGGUCGCAGCACGCUUCUCGAUCGCCGUCUAGAUCCUCUCUGGAUCUUGCCUGGAUCCUCCUCGGUGUAUAUCCACAGUUGCCUCGAUCACAAUUGCCUCGCUGGAUCCUGCGUACAUGAGCUUCGCACAGGGACGACCGUGCCAGGUGAAAUUUCUGCUGAUCGAUUGGCGAUUGUUCGGCGAUUUUUGUAAUAAAGGGAAGAUCGUAGAGUUUGGUGAUCAAGAAAGAGGGGUUGGAGAGCGUUUGCUGUCUGGGGGGUGUGCUUUCAGCGCGACGUCCGUUAUCGAGAAGAACGAGAUCCGGUCGAUGAUUGGGGGUGACUUCCGCCACGAUCAAAGUGAUGUUGAUGCCGUCUAGAGUGUUUUUAGUGGAUCACGAUCAGCGAUGAGGAGAAAGAAUGUUGGCGAGUGAUUGGUCUUCGACGGAUCUUCAAUCUUACGAAGAAAGAAUCGGAAAUUUAAGCGAUAGAUCGAGCGCUGAGUGGAUCCGGAUCGGUGGAACGGGACGGUGUCGAGAGAGAGGACAGUCGGGCAGUGGCCGGAUGUCAAUGAACUCGCGUACUCGUGAACGGAGCACGUCGGGAAGAUUAAAUGUAAUAUAAAGAUCGAAGGCACGAAUGAAGGAUCCGAACUACUCUCCAGUGAAUCGAUGUGAUGAAAUCAAUGUGUUUCUCCAAGAAAAAAGAGGAGUGUUCGUCAAUCGCAAAUUGACUUUGAAGAGAAGCGGAAGAGAUGGACAAACAGGUUUCUAUGCGACUUAAAACGUAUUAAUCGAGGAGGGAACGAUCGAAGAAAGGAAUAUCGUGAGAAGAAUUAUGCGAUUUAUGUGCGGCGUGUUGAUAAAUGAGAUGAAGGACCGAUAUUGCCUUGUUGUCUGAGCGGGGAUUACAUAAGCGAUUGGAAAAGUUGGGAAGAACUUGGGAAUCCAUCAGGAUCGAGGACUACGUGAGGCAGCAGGGGUUGGACGCAUCGAACGAGGGAGAACAUUUCGCCUCAUUAUUCGUCCUGGUCAUCGCAUUGCCCGGACGGCGACCACGCUAAUAAGGACUUUCGGCAUCAUAUCGUUGCCACCGCGACGUGAAUUAAUUUGCAGCAGCAUACGCAUACUGGACCUUCGCCCCAAUAUGCAGCAUUAACCGCUGACGAUCCAGACGUGCGCGUGCAGUUGAACGAUGUCGCUACGUAGCGUGAUUCUUCGCCGGACGACCUGUUGAUGAAGUAUGGGGUGGUUCUUUCUCACCAGUAUUUUGCUGCUCUCCUUAUGCGGGUGCUGCGAAAGCGUCAUUCACAUAUUUCGCAAAUCUGAGGCGGCGGGAGCGCCGAUGCCACAGGGUGGUGCUGGAGGCGCGGGGACCCAUGGUCAACCGCAGGCCGGCUCGUCGCCGAGCACCCCGGGUCCCGCCGGCGGUGGCCUUACCGGUGGCGCUACCGGAAGCGGCGGCGGCGCGACCGGUUUCUCUACCGGAGCUGCCGGUGCCGCGUCCUUCGGUCUUGGUGUCACCGGUGGGACCAUCGGCGGUGGAUCGACCGGGGGUGGUGCGGGCGGCGGUGCCGCCGCGUCCGGGACCGGCUGGGGGUCUAAGGGUCCUGCUCGCCGGGGUCGGGGUUGGCGUGACUGGCGUCGCGGCGACCCUACUCUCAUCAAGGGCCUGUGGAAAUCGAAGGGUCCUCUAGAUUCACUAGGACAAGCGGAGGUCUACAUCAUUCUGGCGCUCCUGAUCGGCUUCAUCACCGUGGUGAUCGGUUGCUGGCUGUCGGAUAACUGCUGGUCACCGGAACCAGAAGGGGUGGUCACCCUUGCAUAGCCUAGUGCUGACUUCCGUGCCUCCAGGCGAUAACAACUACUACGACGCCCCUCCUACAGGAUUCUCCAGGACCUCGGCCGCUACUCGGAUCAUCAACGCGGCUACGUACCCGGCAAUGUCGCCGGCAAUCAUCGGCCGUUGCUCGACAUCAACGACAAUGACACGCUGUUGCGCGUAUAAGCGCCACACGCGCUCCAGGACCUUCCCCAUCGAUUGACGCGUCCACUCUUCUCCGCAAGUUCCCGCUUCGCUAGAGGAUGGAGGAUUUUCAGGCAGAAUUGGUCGUUAAGCGCGAAGGGAGACGUUGAAUCCUAAAAGACGAACGGAAUUGGAAAAGAAAUUCUGAAACGUUUCACUUUACGUCGUAAUUAAUCUUGAAAAUCGCAAGAAUGCAAAAUUUGAUUUCCUCGUUUGAUGACAACUGAUGUACAGCCGGACGAACCAGUUCUGCAAAAAUUGGCGCAUCGAAUUAAUACAGAAAGCUUCGUUGCAGGAAUAAUAUGUAAUGAACGAUAACGUAAUUUUGUGUAUGGAAAAUUCCAUGUCAUUUCUAAAGAUUGACUUUACGGCUUUGUGUAAGUCACUCUGUUUCACAUUGUUGUAAUCGAUGGAAGAGAGUCUUUUAAACAGUAAAAUUCACCAUAAUUGGAUAUGUACUCGAGACAGACCUGGAUUUGAACGCGCACAGUUCCGAAUUAUGGAUAUUGCAUAUUAUAAUGUCGUACAUUUAAUCGUUCAUUUAAUAAUGGCCAAUUAAGCAGGUACCUAAUCGCGCGUCCUGCGCGUUAUUAGGAAACUUGGGAUAAUCGCGAUGGAUAUUGACGCAAGGGCCAUUGUCAUGUGUUAAACAAUCAACUGACAAGUUUCACGACUUGGGAAUAUAAUCGAUCUUCCGCUUGGACAUUUCUCCAUGAACACUUAUCCAGUAUUACAUCAGUGCUGCGCUCGAAUUUUGAUUAUUAUACAAUAAACACAAUGUCGAGAAAAAGAUUUUCGAAGUAAAGCCCAUUGUCUGUUAUCAGUACAAACAAAAA